GUGUGCGUAACGUUACGUCGCAGAGGUUUUUGACCAUUUCUUGCCAAUUCGAUUUUUGAUACGGUAUUGUAAAUAGUUCGCUAAACUAAAAAUGGGUUUUCAAAAUAUUUGGUACUCGCAUCCACGUAAAUAUGGACAAGGAUCUAGAUCCUGCCGUGCUUGUGCCAACAGGCACGGAUUAAUUCGAAAAUAUGGGCUGAAUAUUUGUCGCCAAUGUUUUCGUGAAUAUGCUGCUGAUAUUGGCUUUAAAAAGGUAUAA